GAUGGAGUCUCGCGAGAAGUCGCCAUAGAGACGGCGGCGCUUGGGCGCGGGGGGAGCGGGUCCCGCCGCUCCUGAGGCGACGGGAGACGGGGGAGAGAGGCGGGAUUAUCCCGGGAUACGGGUCCGGCCGCCGCUCUGCGCUGUCCCCCCGCUGCCCGCGCAGGUAAAGGCGGCCGCCGGCCCCUGUCAGCGGCAGGACUGAGUCAGCCCGAGGGGGGCGAGGGGGCGGGCGCCGGGACCCCCCGAGGGCGGGAGAGCUCCGGGCACAGGGAGUUCUAACAUAUGGUUUUUAAUGCUCCACCUGAACAACUGAGAUGAGACUGAAGACUUCUCUUUUAAAGGAACCAAAACAUAAGGAAUUGGUGAGCUGUGUGGGAUGGACAACAGCUGAUGAGCUCUACUCCUGCAGUGAUGAUCACCAGAUCAUGAAAUGGAACCCUUUAACGAGCGAGACAACUCGGGUGGUCAAACUUCCAGAUGAGAUUUAUCCCAUCGAUCUCCACUGGUUUCCCAGGAGCAUCGGUGGGAAGAAGCAAUCCCAUGCUGAGAGCUUUGUUCUGACGAGUUCUGAUGGGAAGUUCCACUUGAUUUCCAAGUUAGGAAGAGUGGAGAAAAGUGUGGAAGCACAUUGUGGAGCUGUGCUUGCAGGAAGGUGGAAUUAUGAAGGAACAGCACUGGUCACAGUGGGUGAAGAUGGCCAAGUGAAAAUCUGGUCUAAGAGUGGAAUGCUGAGAUCCACUUUAGCUCAGCAAGGAAGCCCCGUGUACUCCGUGGCCUGGGGACCUGACUCUGAAAAAGUUCUUUACACGUCAGGGAAGCAGCUGAUUAUUAAACCUCUUCAGCCAAAUGCUAAAGUUUUGCAGUGGAAAGCCCACGAUGGACUGAUUUUAAAAACUGACUGGAAUUCAGUUAAUGAUCUGAUUCUUUCUGCAGGUGAAGAUUGUAAAUAUAAGGUUUGGGACAGCUACGGGCGGCUCCUGUACAGCUCCCAGCUCCAGGAAUAUCCCAUCACAUCCAUCGCCUGGGCCGUGGACGGGGAAUUGUUUGCUGUGGGAUCCUUCAACACCUUACGGCUCUGUGACAAAACUGGCAAAGAUCUUGGAAAAAGGACCAGAUCCAUCUGCUCCAGAGGCAGGAAAAGUAUAAGCCAAAAUCUAAUAUUACAGUGGUCUUAUGCCCUGGAGAAGCCCAACACUGGCAGCAUAUUUAACAUUUCCUGGUCCAUUGAUGGCACCCAGCUGGCUGGAGCCUGUGGGAAUGGCCAUGUCAUCUUUGCCCACAUCGUGGAGCAACGGUGGGAGUGGAAGAACUUUGAGAUCACAUUAAUCAAGAGGAGAACCAUGAAGGUGCACAAUGUCAUUAAUGAUGCCGAGGAUUCCUUGGAAUUCCGGGACAGGGUCAUUAAAGCCUCCUUGGCUUAUGGAUAUUUGGUUGUUUCAACUUCUCUUCAGUGCUACGUGUUUUCUACAAAGAACUGGAACACCCCACUGAUCUUUGACCUGAAGGAAGGAACAGUGAGUUUGAUUUUACAAGCAGAAAGGCAUUUUCUUCUUGUAGAUGGUGGAGGACUUUAUUUAUAUUCAUAUGAAGGCAGAUUAAUUUCCUCUCCAAAAUAUCCAGGCAUGAGAACAGACAUUUUAAAUGCCCAGACUGUGUCUCUGAGCAAUGACACCCUGGCAGUAAAGGACAAAGCUGAUGAGAAGGUUAUUUACAUCUUUGAAGCUUUAUCUGGAAAGCCACUGGGUGAUGGAAAACCUCUGACCCAUAAGACCGAAAUUGUGGAGAUUGCUUUGGACCAGAAAGGACUUACGAGUGAGAGAAAAAUCGCUUUUAUUGAUAAGAACAGAGAUCUUUACAUCACUUCAGUGAAAAGGUUUGGGAAAGAGCAGAAGAUUGUCAAAAUAGGGACAAUGGUUCAAACUUUGGCUUGGAAUGACACUUCCAACAUCCUUUGUGGGAUCCGGGACACCCGUUUCACAGUCUGGUACUACCCCAACACAGUCUAUGUGGACAAAGAUCUUCUCCCAAAAACCCUCUAUGAAAAAGAUGGAAGUGAAUUCAGCAAAAACCCCCAGAUUGUGAGUUUUGUAGGGAAUCAAAUAACAAUUAGGAGAGCAGAUGGUUCCCUUGUCCACCUGAACAUUUCCCCUUAUCCCGGGAUUCUCCAUGACUACGUCAGGGCUUCCCAGUGGGAAGAUGCCGUCAGGCUGUGUCGCUUUGUCAAGGACCAGACCCUGUGGGCGUGUUUGGCUGCCAUGGCAGUGGCCAACAAAGACAUGACCACGGCUGAAAUCGCCUAUGCAGCGAUUGGGGAGAUUGACAAAGUCCAGUACAUCAAUUCCAUCAAGGAGCUGCCAUCCAGGGAGUCAAGGAUGGCUCAUAUGCUGCUGUUCAGUGGGAACACCCAGGAAGCUGAAACUCUGCUGCUUCAGUCAGGCCUGAUUUAUCAAGCUAUCCAAGUCAACAUUAACCUCUACAACUGGGACAGGGCCCUGGAACUUGCAGUGAAGCACAAGACACAUGUUGACACAGUCCUGGCUUAUAGGCAGAAGUUCUUGGAGGAUUUUGGUAAAAAAGAAACCAACAGGAGAUUUUUGCAAUAUGCGGAAGGGCUGGAAGUGGAUUGGAAUAAAAUCAGAGCCAAAAUCCAGAUGGAAAUUGUUAAAGAGAGAGAACGAGCAGCAGCCAGCCCUGCAGGGAGGACCAGUGUGACUGUGCAGCAAUAACUGACAUUUUGGGCACCUUAACAAGUGCUUCUGCAAUGUUUUGUGCUGGCAUAUUUUGAUAAACAUAAAAAAAAAAAAAAAAAAAAAAGCCACAGGAACAUUUAGUGGGCAACAGGAGUGAGAAUUUGUGGAGAUCUCAAUGGCUGGGUGGCACACAGAAUUAUUUCUUCGCUCUCAUUUUGAGCUGGGUUCAUUUUUCUGGCUCCGUUUUAGUCCAUAAUGUCUGAGAAAAAAGGGAAAUUAGCUGUCCCUCUGCUCGUGGCUUUUAAAUUGUCUUUGCCAUUCAAAUGACUUAACCUUGGUUGCCACUAAUUAAGUACCAAUUUCUCUCUUUAAGCACCCAGUUGGGUUAUUUCUGCAGCCUCAGGGACCUCUCCAAAGUCUUGUUUAAAUUGUCCUAAAAGCAAAUUUAGCAAACUGUAAGUACUGAAAAUGUAAAAAAGGAGUUUGAGCCUGUAAAAUACAAACCACUUCACUCCCAGUUAUGGUAAUACCUGUUUCUGUCAGUGCAUAUGGACCAGCAGGUUCUUUAGCAGAGAAUUUCAGGUGAUUUCAGCAACUCAGGAUUGUCACUGAGCAAACUAUUUACCAAUAAAGGGUAUUUUCUGAGAGACUGUAAAUUGUUUAAGAUGCUUUGGAAUGUGCUUUUAGGGUGGUUUGAGGUAAAACCAGCACUGGGGGUUGGUUUUGUAGCAUCUGACCUGAAUAACUGACAACAAUAUUUAAAAUAAGGAAGAGCAUUUCAUGUAUUUUUUUUCUGCCCAAAGCACUUGAUUUGCAAAUAUUGUUUUUACAUUUGUGUUAUUUCAUCAAGAUACACGUUUUCUUUGUUUUACAUAUGAAAUUGGCUGUAUAUUUGAGAUGUUUUUGCAGAAGUUCUUUGUGUGAUAAAUACAGGAGCAGGUUAUUCAUCACUGACAUUGUUUAAUAUGUAUUUUUCAAAAUGUUACCCUCAAAAUAUCUGUACAUAUGGGAAAUGUCUUCUGGUUUGUAAAUCAUUAUGUGAUCCUUUUGUGCAUAGUUCAUAAAUUUCUUAAUAAAACCAAAUAAUAAAUAAAUAAAAAAGAAGGAGCAGAAGGAUACAGAUGUUUCA